AUGAUGAUCAAUUCUCACCUGCAGAAACCUCCCUCCUCGUUGCCCUCCUCAUUGUCAUCUCCAUUGCCGGUGACGAAUACCAAAGAUGGUAUUCGUGCCACUGCCGCUGAGGUUGAAGCUCGAGCCAUGAUGAAUACUAUAACUUCAUUAGCACAGAGUAAUGAAGCAGUUACAGUGAAGGCUGUGGUCACUGUGAAACUAACAGCCGGAAGUAUCAUCUCCAACUUGUUUGGUUUGACAGCACCCCUCGAUCUUUUCACUGAUUUGCUCGGCAAAACCUUUCUUCUUGAGCUUGUCAGCGCCGAGCUUGACCCUAAAACUGGGUUGGAGAAGAAACCGAUCCAGGGAUAUGCGCACAAAGUGAACAAGAUCAAUGACGAGGUGAUGUACGAGAGUUCCUUCUCCGUCCCAGCCGGUUUUGGAGAGGUGGGGGCUGUUCUGUUUGAAAAUCAGCACCACGAGGAGCUUUACAUCAAAACCAUACAUUUACACAUCAAUGGCUUCCCAGAUCCUUCUCCUGUUACUGUUACUUGUGAUUCAUGGGCUCACUCCAAGUAUGUCAAUCCAGACAAGAGAAUCUUCUUCACCACCAAGUCUUACUUACCAUCAGCGACACCAAGUGGAUUGAAGAAGCUAAGAGAACUGGAGCUGCAAUAUUUGCGAGGAAAUGGAGAGGGUGAAAGAGAAACAUCAGACAGGAUUUAUGAUUAUGACACAUACAAUGAUCUCGGAGAUCCGGAUAGUGAUGAUGGAUUGGCCAGGCCUGUGCUCGGCGGCAAAGAGCACCCAUACCCUAGGCGCUGCAGAACAGGACGGCCACGCACUGAAAAGGAUCCACUAUCGGAGCAGAGAAGCAGCAGUGUGUAUGUACCAAGAGAUGAAGCUUUUGCAGAGGUGAAACAAGUGACAUUCGCGGCAAAGACCCUGAAAUCGGUGCUGCACGCAUUGCUUCCUCAGCUUGAGAUGACACUGGUUAAUCCAAACCUAGGGUUUCCCUACUUCACAGCCAUAGAUUCACUGUAUAAUGAAGGAGUCACAAUGCCUAAGCCAAAUGUUAGUGGGUUUUUUCAAUCAAUCAUCCCAAGGCUAGUGAAGUCUGUUAGUAACAGCCAAGACGAUCUUCUGCUCUUUGAGACACCUGAAAUAAUUGAUCGUGACAAGUUUUCCUGGUUUAGAGACGAAGAAUUUUCUCGGCAAACACUAGCUGGUCUUAAUCCAUUUAGCAUACAGCUAGUCACGGAAUGGCCAUUGAAGAGUAAGCUUGACCCCGAGAUAUAUGGUCCACCUGAAUCAUUGAUCACCACAGAACUUGUGGAGAAAGAAGUCAGAGGUUGCAUGACUGUCAAGGAGGCCAUGAAAAGAAAGAAGAUGUUCAUUUUGGAUUAUCAUGAUCUGCUCUUGCCUUAUGUGAGCAAAGUGAGAGAAAUAGAAGGGACCACGCUGUAUGGUUCUAGGACACUCUUCUUCCUCACUAGAGAAGAGACACUGAGGCCUAUUGCCAUUGAACUAACUCGUCCGCCUAUCGGUGACAAGCCGCAAUGGAAGCAAGUGUUUACUCCAACCUGGGAUGCUACAGGAUGCUGGCUGUGGAGAAUUGCUAAAGCACAUGUUUGUGCUCAUGAUGCUGGCUAUCAUCAGCUCGUCGUCCACUGGCUGAGGACUCAUUGCUGCACAGAGCCAUACAUAAUUGCUGCCAAUCGCCAAUUGAGUGCAAUGCAUCCCAUCUAUAGACUUCUACUUCCUCAUUUUCGGUACACAAUGGAAAUCAAUGCCCUCGCUCGAGAAAGUCUCAUCAAUGCAGGUGGAAUCAUCGAGAGCUCCUUCUCACCGGCAAAGUACUCCAUUGAGCUCAGUUCAGCUGCUUAUGACAAGUUUUGGCGCUUUGACAUGGAAGCUUUGCCAGCAGAUUUGAUCAGAAGGGGAAUGGCAGUUGAGGAUCCCACCACUGAGCAUGGCUUGAAGCUAACAAUUAAAGAUUACCCAUUUGCAAAUGAUGGUCUCAUUCUUUGGGAUGCCAUUAAGGAGUGGGUGAGUGACUAUGUGAAACACUACUAUCCAGACCCAGCUCUGGUUGAGAAUGAUCAAGAGCUUCAAGCAUGGUGGACAGAAGUUAGAACCAAAGGCCAUGCUGACAAAAAGGAUGAGCCAUGGUGGCCAGUUCUGAAAACCCAAGAAAACCUUACACAAGUUUUGACAACAAUAAUUUGGGUAACAGCUGGUCAUCAUGCAGCAGUAAACUUUGGCCAGUACAUGUAUGGGGGAUACUUCCCAAAUCGACCUACAAUAGCUCGAACCAACAUGCCAACUGAAGAUCCAUCUGAGGAGUUUUAUCAAAACUUUUUGAAGAGGCCAGAAUCUGCAUUGCUAAUGUGUUUCCCCUCACAAAUUCAAGCAACCAAAAUUAUGGCUGUUUUAGACGUGUUGUCGAACCAUUCACCGGAUGAGGAGUAUCUUGGGGAGAUUAUGGAGUCGUCUUGGGCUGAAAACCCUGUCAUAAAAGCCACAUUUGAGCGCUUCAAUGGGAAUCUGAAGAAGCUAGAAGGAAUAAUCGAUGAAAGGAAUACCGAUACAAACCUUAAAAACAGAGUUGGAGCAGGAGUUAUCCCGUAUGAGCUUUUGAAGCCAUUCUCAAAGCCAGGGGUCACAGGAAUGGGAGUUCCUUAUAGUAUUUCAAUUUGA